AUGAGCUCCGCAAACAAUGUCGCCUUCACGGCACCCAUUAACCCGCCGGGUUCCACCCCACUUUCGCGCGACCAAAUCUGGGCCGGCCUCCUCCUCAAGAUUCGCUCCGCCGAGACCUUCGUGUCCGCCGCAAUCCAAUCCACAGACGUGCUAAGCGAAAGCACAUCCCCCUCCGGCAACGCCGUGACCGUUCGCGAAAUCCUGUUCCGCGAAGGCCAGAAGAGAGUCAAGGAGACGGUGACUGCGUUUGAGAAAUGUCGCGUGGAAUUUGAGCAGCCGGACGGAAGCCGCAUCAGCAACGUUGUCAGUGAGGGUGCUGGUGGGGUGCUGUACAUGACUUAUAUCUUUGAAUGGAGGCAUCCUGGAGUCGGGGCGGAGGAGAUGCAGGCGUUGCUGAAGAAGGAGAAGAAAAUGAGUCAGAUGGCCGUUGAGGGGACUAUCAAGGUGUUGAGGCAGUUGGUUGAGGAGAAGAAGCUUUGA